AUGGGUCUGAGGAUCGGCUCCCCCAAGGAAGUUCAGACACCCCCAAACUCUAUUGUCACUGUGGCUGGUGUCAGUGAAUCACAGGAAUCAGGAUACAUUCUCCUCUCCAACACUGCUUUCUGCAUCUUUAGAUCCAGCUUCCUUGUGAGAAACCCCUCACUGAGCACUUUAACUGACCCAUUGGAUUUAUUGAAGUCUGACCUCACGUGCUCCAUCUGUUUGGAGUUGUUCCGGGAUCCUGUCUCCAUUGAAUGUGGCCACAACUUCUGUGCUCAGUGUAUCACCUGUCAUUGGGACUCGGGUGUUCCAGGUUCCCAACCACCUCACUGCCCUGAGUGCCGUAGAAGGUGUGACAGGAGUCAGCUAGUUCCAGACACUCGACUCCGGAGUCUGUUGGAGAAAAUGAACUCCCUUCAACAGAGGACAAACCCAAACCAGAACCCCUAUGAUGUUUCCAAUGUAGAGGCAAAACCUCUGCAGUUGGUUCAAGUUAACUCCACAAAGGAUUUCACCCUCAAUCUAGAUGUUCUGUCUCAGUGUCUGAAUCACCCUCAAGUCAGGAAUACUAAAAUCUGUGUCAUCUCUGUCGUGGGGGAGCAAAGAACAGGAAAGUCUUUCCUUCUCAACUAUCUAAUCCAAGAAUUGCAGAGUCUGAAAUCCAAGGAUCCCCAGAGGAUAAAAGAAGGAAGAGCUCUUCAGGGGUUCCAGUGUGAACCAGGAGCCCAAAGUGUCACCAAGGGCCUGUGGAUAUGGAGCCAGCCAUUUAUUCUGAAGAAGAAGGGGAAAGAGGUGGCUGUAUUUCUUGUGGACACAGAAGGGACCAUAAGUCUAGAAACAGACAAGGAAACAAAUGCCAAACUCAUUGCUCUCACCAUGCUGCUCAGCUCCUUUCAGAUUCUCAAUGUCUCUCGGAUGCUGAAGGAAACAGAUUUGGAACAUCUGGAGAUGUUCCUCCACAUUGCUGAAGAAAUAGGAGAAUAUUUUGAGAUGAAACCAAUACAGCAUCUGGAUCUCUUAGUUCGGGACUGGUUUUAUCCAGCAACGUUUGGAGAGGAAGCAGGCCAAGCACACAUGAAUGAUGUGAUCCAGAAAAUCUCUGACAAAUACCCCAGGAUUCAGAAGGCAUUUAGGAGUAAACAAAUCCACUGCUACCUCUUGCCAUUUCCUGGGAAAAAAGUGGCAUGCAAUGGCAAUGCAAAUCCAGAAGACAUGGACCCAGAUUUCUAUGAGCAUCUACAUGCCUACAUCACAGAUGUUUGCAGUUCAGCUAUCCAGAAUGUGGCAGAAUGGUCAUUUGAGAAUUUUCUCACUGGUAGAGAAUUAGCUGAGAAGAUCUCGACACUCUCUGACCUGGUAAAGAAGAAAGAAUUUGGAUUCUCUUCCUCACUUGAUUCGAUGGCUACUGACCUCCACAAUGUGAAGAGGAUUAAAGAUGCUACAAAAGAUUUGGAGGACUUCAUAAAGGAACAGGAUUCUUCCACAAAGGUCAUGUUUGGUGCUGUGAGGAUUCUUCCUAAAGACAUGUGGAAACGCCUCUCAACUAAGAAAGAUCUUGUCUUGAAUAAUCUCAGAAUGACUUUGAAGGGCCCAGGGAAGAGCCAACUUAUGGACAGUUUUGAGAAAGAGAUUCAGAAAAAAGCUAAGGACUUCCAGGAUUCCUACAAAAUGCGUUUCUGUGGCCAUACUUCUGCCCUAGGUGGACUUGUGGGAGUUGGCAUCCUGGCGUUAGCUGGUGGUAUAGGGAACACACUUUCUCCUGUGGAGGGAUGUUUCCUCUUGAUGAUGGUCUGUAGACCACUGUUCCUGUGCCUUGAUAUCUACAACAAGAUUGCACUAAAUCUCAUGACCCUACUACUUCACCUGGCCCCUGGCUGCCACUCCCAGGCUCCUUUCAUCAUCAUGAGAUUUGCCUUCUAUCUCCUUCAACAAACUCUUGGUGGCAAGACUCUCUAG